GAGUCUUGGGCACAGCGAGAUUAAUUUCAGAUCUCGCGAUGUUUGAGCCACCGCCGGAAACAAGCUGUCUGUGUGAUGCUGAGUCGUCAACAACAACAAUAACAAGGGGAUCCUCUUGACUGGUAGCCAGACCCAAGCCGGUUUCUAAAUGAACUCACUAAAGUGUAAGAAAAGGAACUUGGAGACGUCAUCAUGAAGUUGUAUGUAUUCCUGGUGAACACUGGAACCACCCUGACAUUUGACACAGAGCUUGCAGUCCAAACGGUGACGGACCUAAAACAUGCAAUCCAGACAAAAUAUAAAAUUGCUGUUCAGCAUCAGAUACUUGUUGUCAAUGGAGGGGAGUGUAUGGCACCUGACAGAAGGGUUUGUAGUUACAGUGCUGGCACUGACACCAAUCCAAUUUUUCUAUUCAAUAAAGAGAUGAUUCUGUGUGAACGGCCCCCAGUUAUUCCUAGAACUACAUUUUCAGCAGAAAAUGAAAUGGAAUUAAAAGUAGAAGAGUCCCUCAUGAUGCCGGCUGUAUUUCACACGGUAGCCUCAAGGACACAACUUGCUAUGGAAAUGUAUGAUGUUGCAAAGAAGCUGUGCUCCUUUUGUGAAGGUCUGGUUCAUGAUGAACAUCUUCAACAUCAAGGCUGGGCUGCUAUAAUGGCCAAUUUAGAAGAUUGUACACAUUCAUACCAAAAGCUGCUUUUGAAGUUUGAUAACGCAUAUUCUAAGUAUCUGCAGUCAGUAGAUGACAUAAAGCUAAAAUUAACCAAUUUAGGGACAUCUGUUUCUGUCAUGGCCAAGAUUCCACUGCUAGAGUGCCUAACUCGACAAAGCUAUAGGAUGUGCUUAGGUAGGCUGGCAUCUUCUAGUGAAGGAGAUAUUGCUGAAAAGGAAAAUGAGAAGGCUACUGAAAUGGUGGACUGUGAUGAAGAUACAAAAUUGAAUAAACUGCCGCUUUUAGCUUCCCUCUCAAAGUCUGGGGAACAUUCAUCACAGGAAGUAACUAGUCCUGAAAACAUGGAUUCUUCUACCCAUAUUGUGGAGCAUUCCGAAGGUUUUUCUGUGGAUCUUCCUUCUUUCAAUGUUUCACUAUUAGAUUGGAUCAACGUACAAGAUCGGCCAAAUGAUGUAGAGUCGUUGGUCAGGAAAUGUUUUGAUUCAAUGAGCCGAGGAUUCUUAGCCAAUCAGACAAGGGCUGAAAACUUGAAAGAUCCAUCAGUAUUACCUGACUUGUGCUUGAGUCAUGCAAAUCAGUUGAUGAUAAUGUUAACUAACCACAGGAAACUGUUAGAUAUAAAACAGAAAUGUACUACAGCUAAACAGGAGCUUGCUAAUAAUUUACAAGUUCGUUUAAAGUGGUGCUGCUUUGUAAUGCUGCAUGCUGAUCAAGAUGGGGAAAAACUUCAAGCUUUGUUUCGUCUAUUAACAGAGCUUAUUGAGCGAGUCAAAAUAGUGGAAGCACUUGGUACAGUACCUCAGAUGUACUGUCUGGCAGUUGUUGAAGUAGUAAGGAGAAAGAUGUUUGUAAGACACUACAGAGAGUGGGCAAAUGCUUUAGUAAAAGAUGGUAAAUCUCUAUAUGAAUCUGAGAAGAUAAAGAGAGAAUCAUUUGGAAAACUUUUCCGAAAGUCAUAUUUACGAAACCGCCUUUUCAGAGGGCUCGAUUCUUGGCCUUCAUCUUUCUGUAUUCGAAAACCACGGAGGUUUGACAGCGAGCUUCCCGAUAUAUCUUUAAAUGACUUGCAGUUUUUGCAGUCUUUUUGUCCUCCAGAAGUUCAGCUUUUUCUCAGGGUUCCCUUACUUUGUAAUUUUGAGCCUCUGCACCAGCAUGUACGUGCUUUACACAACUUAGUGAAAGCAGCGCAAAGUUUUGAUGAAAUGUCACAGACCAUUACAGAUCUCUUAAAUGAACAAAAGGCUUCAAAUGGUCAGCUCUCACCACAAUCAGCAGUAACUUCACCUAGGAUUGAAAGUACAACAGACCUUACAGCUACUACCUCAUCUAAAACCCCUCCAUCAUUAAGUCUUCAGGCACCUAUAUGCCCCACUGAUGAAAUUCCAGGGGCAUUAGAAGAAUUGUCUCCAGACAGUAUCGAUGCCCACACAUUUGAUUUUGAAACAAUAACUCAUCCAAACACUGAACAGUCACUUAAACAGGGUUCCCUUGACUUGGACUCAUUGACCGAUAGUCCAGAGUCUGAUUUUAUGUCUGCAGUUAAUGAGUUUGUUAUAGAGGAGAAUCCUGUUUCACCGAACAUUAGUGAUACGCAAAGCCCAGAAAUGAUGGUGGAAUCUUUAUAUUCUUCUGUAAUUAAUGCAAUAGACAGUAAACGUAUGCAGGACAACAGGAGUAAAGCAAGAGAUGAUUGUAUAGAAAACAUCUCUCUUAAAGCUUGUGUGGAGAAAUGUAAAAUUGUUGCACAGGAAUCCCAAACCAAUCUGAGAAAUUUUAAGGAAGAUCUUUGCCGUUUAAGAACACUUGUACAAAGAGAACAAAAUGACUUUGCAUCUGCUAUAAAAUGUGUUUCAGUAGAAAUUUUAAAUUUGAUUGAAGAAAUGAAAGCUUCCAUUGAAACCACAGUAAAGGAGAAACAUUUAGAGGAAUUACAAACAUUAGAAAGGUCAUAUGAGAAAAGAUUGUUGUUAGCUAAAGAAGAUUUUGAUGCAAACGAGAAAAAGAUUGCUACCUUGCAGAGUUAUCUAGCAGGACUACAAGAAGAUUUACAGAAUAAAGACAAUGAAUUUUCUUUGGUUAGAAAUGAAAAUGAAGCAAUCCAAUGUUUACAAAUUGAAAAGGAUGAAAAAUUGUUACAUCUACAAAAUGCAAUGAGGGAGCAAACUUCUGAAAUUCAAAAUCUGAAACAAUUACGGGAAGCUGCAUUAGAUGAUUUCAAGAAACAUCAUGCUGAAAAUGAAGAAAAACUCAAGCAACUAAGGGAUGAAUUUCAAAUCUUAGAGAAAACGAAUUUAUUGGAACUUGAAGAGAAUUUGAAACGUAAACAUGCACAAGAGCUUGAAGAUGUAAUCACUGACAACAAAUAUUGCUUAGGAGAACUGGAGAGAGAGCAUAAUCUUAAAACUGAACAGCUACAAGAAACUUGCACGGAGUUAGUGCAAGAGAAAGACCGUCAGUUACAAGAAUUAAAUCUAAGAGUUUCUGAACUUUCGGAAAUAAGGUGUAAAUUGGAAGUUGAAUUGGCACUAAAAGAAAAAGAAAUCAAUGAGAUAAAAUUAUUACUUGAAGAAAACAAAUCACAACAAAAGGAUAACUUAGAAUUUCAACUUGAUGAGAAAACUGAUGCCUUAAAAAAAGAAAUAAUUAUGUUGAAUAAUUUGAUUGAAGUCCAGAAAGCUGAAUAUGAAAGUGGACAAAGAGAACUUAGAACUUUAUUGGAAACUGAGAAAGAUCUGUGCAUUUCAGAACUUUUAACAAGGCAUGAAUCAGACACAAAUUUAAUGCAAGACAAUAUUAUUGAGCUGAACUCUGUAAAUAAACGAGCAUUAGAAGUUGAGCAUAAAUUACGCAAAGAGAUAAGUGAACUAAAAUGCAAAUUAGAUGAUAAUCUAAAAGCAUUUGAAAAGCAAAGAGAACAUCAAGAAAUGGCUCUAAAUGAACAGAAAUCAAAAUAUGAAGUGAUCAUCCAAACAUUUAAAGAAGAGCAGGAACACAUUUUGGCUGCUCCCAAGCAUGAAAAAGAGUUACUCUUACAUAAGUUUACAUGUGAGAAAGAGGAACCUGUGCAGCUUGCUUCAAAUGACUCAGAGAUGCAUAAAGAGCCUGUUGAAAAGAAACAGCAACAAAACCAGAGUACAUCUAGUUUAGUAACACUUGAAAAUGCACAAAGUUUAGUGUCUGAGCUUCAAGAAAAGCUUGAGAAAGAAAAACUUACGUUCACCGAGCAACUUGAACAACAUGAAAGAAAAAAGAUGGAAGAAAUGCAUAACCUCAGGAUUUCUCUGAUUGCAGAACAGCAGACUAAUUUUAAUACUGUUUUGACAAGGCAGAGGCAGAAAAAAGAAAACAUCAUUAGUGAGCUCAGUGAUAAACUGAAAAGUAUCACACAGCAACAAGAUAGAGAUAAAGAUUUGAUUGAAACACUUUCUGAGGACCGAGCCCGUUUGCUUGAAGAGAAGAAAAGACUUGAAGAAGAAUUAAAAAAUCUGCACAUGCAUAAUGUAGUAUCUUCAAGUCAUGUGGCUGCUAUGACUCAAACAAGUGAAGCUUCUUCACCUGGCUUCUCUUCUGAUAUAGAGAAACAAGUGUGUGAAGCCACUAUCCUAGAGGAGGAAAGAUUGGAAAGCACAAUGGAGACGAGCAUGGUGUCUGUUCAGGAUGUAUCAUUGUCUGAAGAAAAACAGAAGAUAAUGUUGCUAGAACGAACAUUACAGUUAAAAGAAGAGGAGAAUAAAAGAUUAAAUCAGAGAUUGAUGUCUCAGAGCAUGUCUUCGGUUUCAUCUAGGCAUUCAGAGAAAAUUGCAAUCCGAGAUUUCCAGGUUGGAGAUUUGGUUCUUAUUAUCUUGGAUGAACGGCAUGAUAAUUAUGUGUUGUUUACAGUCAGCCCAACUUUAUACUUUCUGCAUUCAGAAUCCCUUUCUGCACUAGAUCUUAAACCAGCUUCUGGUUCAUCGAGACGACCAUGGGUUCUUGGAAAAGUUAUGGAAAAGGAAUAUUGCCAAGCUAAAAAGGCACAAAACAGAUUUAAGGUUCCACUGGGUACAAAAUUUUACAGAGUCAAAGCAGUGCCAUGGAACAAAAAAGUAUAGCUCAACAAUAACUGCUAUCAUAUCUAUUUUGUAGCUGAAGUUACAAUACCUUUCAGAGUGAAAACUACAGGCCAUCUUUUUAUACAAAGGAUUGAAUAGCAGUUAGCCCUCAAUGGUGUUGUAUAUUUACUUUUUUUAAGGGUUAUGUUUUAGAAAUGUAAAUUUAACCAGAUAAUUCUUCAUAUUUGCCCCAUUUUUUUACCCUGAUUUAGAAAUGUGGACCAAAAUGAGUUCAUUUUUCAAACAGCACAUCAUAAUUUCUUCCUGGUAAAUAUUAAUUAGCUUGUACUUUGGUGUUAAUUGUUAUCAUUAUUACCAGCAUUUGUCUUUCUGUGUAAAGUACUCACUCUUCAAAGCUUAAUUUAUAAUCUGUAUAAAUCUGAUAACUAUUUGAAGAGGAGUAUUCAUGGCAUGCUGAUAAUCAUUAAUUUCUUCAGUAUCUGUUUGCAUCUGUAAAGCAGUUAUUUGGACUUGUUUCAUUACUAUAAUAUAGCUUGUUAAAAAAAAAAAAAAAAAAGAAAAUAUAAAUAAUAAAUAAAAAAAAAUUUGACCAAAUGGUCUUUGAAGUUUUCCAAUGCACUUUUGAUUGAUAUUGUGGUCAUUCUAAAGGGAAGGAUGUAUAGGGCAUCAAUCUACAUAUACUGUGCUAAAGCAUUCACAGCUAUACAGAAAUCUUUUAUUAUGUUAAAUCAUAUUGAUAAAACUGUAUUUUAUGGUUGAAUUUCAGACAAAAAAUACAUUGUAUAUUAACCAUACUUAAGCAGCAAAUUAUUGUAUUGCAAAAGACUUGUAGAAUUUUAAAACAAUAAAGAUUUAAAACUGUAAAUGUUUGAAAAUCUUUGUUUUUAAAAAAAUAUGUAUACUGUAAUAUAAUAAAACAUGUUAUUAUUGUGCAUAA